UCUAAAACCCUAAUCCCUCUCGUCAUCCUCCUCCGCCUCCGCCUCCGCCUCCGCCCCAUCUUCUCAUCUCCUUUUCCCAUGGCCUCUUCUUCCUCCUCGGCCUCCGUGGAAGCGCAGGUGGAGGCCGUGCGGAGCAUCAAAGCUAGCCCCGGCGCGUCACAGUUCGAGAUGGAUAUGGCUGUGGAGUCACCUAAGGGUUUGAAGCUCGAGGUCGCUGCUCGCCAAGCGGAAGUCAACAGAAAAGAGGAUGGUGCCACCAGUGAGCUUAUCAACGAUGCGCUCCGGCAGGCGGUGGUGAAUAUUCUGGAGAGGAGGCUGUUUAUUAUCCCGUCGUUUAAGAUUUAUCGCGGUGUUGCGGGGUUGUACGAUUAUGGGCCUCCUGGUUGCGCUGUGAAGUCGAAUGUUCUCACUCUCUGGCGCCAGCAUUUUGUUAUGGAGGAGAAUAUGCUUGAAGUGGACUGCCCCUGUAUCACACCUGAAGUUGUCUUGAAGGCUUCUGGUCAUGUUGACAAGUUCACUGACCUUAUGGUCAAUGAUGAGAAGACAGGAACUUGUUACCGGGCAGAUCAUCUUCUCAAGGACUAUUGCAAGGAGAAGCUUGAGAAGGACCUCACUUUGACACCUGCAAAGGUUGCUGAGCUAAAGCAUGUUAUUGCUAUAUUAGAUGAUCUCUCUGCUGAGGAAUUGGGGGCGAAACUCAAAGAGUAUGGGAUUACUGCACCGGACACAAAGAACCCUCUUUCUGAUCCAUAUCCCUUUAAUCUCAUGUUCCGGACUUCCAUAGGCCCAACAGGUUUAAGCACAGGGUUUAUGAGGCCAGAAACAGCACAGGGCAUCUUUGUGAACUUCAAGGACUUGUACUAUUACAAUGGGAAUAAGCUUCCAUUUGCAGCUGCCCAGAUAGGCCAGGCAUUUAGAAACGAGAUAUCACCUCGCCAAGGUCUCCUCAGAGUACGUGAGUUUACACUGGCGGAAAUUGAACAUUUUGUUGACCCAGAUGACAAAUCUCAUCCAAAGUUUGCUAAUGUUGCUGAAUUGGAAUUUUUUAUGUUUCCAAGAGAGGAUCAAUUGGCAGGAAAAUCAGCCAGAAAGAUAUGUCUUCGAGAAGCAGUUUCAAAGGGAAUUGUCAACAAUGAGACCCUUGGUUAUUUCAUAGGGAGAGUGUUCCGCUUCCUUGCACGCCUUGGAAUUGAUGAAGAUCGGUUGCGCUUCCGGCAACAUCUGCCAAAUGAGAUGGCUCAUUAUGCUGCUGAUUGCUGGGAUGCGGAGAUAGAAUCUUCCUUUGGCUGGAUCGAGUGUGUUGGGAUUGCAGACAGAUCUGCCUAUGACUUGCGUGGCCAUACCGACAAAAGUGGUGUGCCUUUGGUUGCUCAUGAAAAAUUCUCAGAACCUAGAGAGGUGGAGAAACUGGUUAUAACCCCAUCCAAGAAGGAUCUCGGUCUUGCAUUUGAAGGGAAUCAAAAGAUGGUAGUUGGAGCAUUAGAGGCAAUGUCUGAGAAAGAAGCUUUGGAAAUGAAGGCAACCUUAGAAUCCAAGGGAGAGGCUGAAUUUCUAGUCUGCACUCUUGGGAAAACUGUGGUCAUCACGAAAAACAUGGUUUCAAUUAGAAUGGAGAAAAAGAAAGAACACCAGAGAGUUUUCACCCCUUCUGUCAUUGAACCAUCUUUUGGCAUUGGAAGGAUCAUCUACUGCCUAUACGAGCAUUCCUUCCAUAGAAGACCUUGUAAAUCAAAGGAUGAGCAAUUGAAUGUGUUCCGGUUUCCCCCAGUUGUUGCUCCCAUCAAAUGCACUGUGUUUCCAUUGAUCAAAAACCCAGAGUUUGAUGAUGUAGCUAGAAGCAUUGCAGAGACAUUGACAAAAGCCGGGAUCUCUAAUAUUAUAGAUAUUACAGGCACAUCAAUUGGAAAACGAUAUGCAAGAACCGAUGAGAUUGGCGUUCCAUUCGCUGUUACUGUGGAUUCAACAACAUCUGUAACCAUUAGGGAGAGAGACAGCAGGCAACAAAUUCGGGUAAACAUCAAGGAGGUGGUUUCUGUAGUGAAAGAGCUAAUUGAAGGUCAAAGCACUUGGACUGCUCUUGUUAGGGCAUACACACAAACCUAAAUAGUUGUGAAUGUUUUGAUUGUUUGAAUGUGUUUGGGAAAUCUAAAUAGUCAUAAUUUUUAUCA